GGCACACACCAUACGCUCAUGUGCUGGAGAGUGGAGACGCCCGGUCAGGUCUCCUCACCACUCCCCUCUCCGGUCCCCUAAUUCCCUCCGGCGAGAGAGCCAGCAGAGGCGUCGAGGAGCUCAGCGUACGUAUUGCUCCUCCCUUCUCGAUUUCGCCCCCGCCCGCAUCUCCGCCGCCACCGGGCAAGCUUCCUGCCGGCCGCGCCGUGCUUCGCCGAGAUGUUGGCCAAGCUGCCGGCGCUGCCCUUUCUGACGGCCACCGAAACUGCCCCUGCUUCGUCGGCCUUCUUUCCAUCUUGCGAUCUCUUGACUUCGCCGAGUGUGAAUUUUAAGAAACAUGGAAGAAGAUUAAAUAUCCAGCAAAACAUCCAACACCGAGAAACUCCAGAUGCACGCAGGGUUCAGAGAAAAUGGCGGGCGCAAUCGUCUGGUCCAGCUCAAGCCGCUGUUGUGGAUGCUGGUGACAGCAAAACAUGGGAAGAGUGCCAACAGAUGCUCACUUCAUUGAAUUUCUCCACUGAAGAUGCCGAAAAGAUGUUGAAGAAGGCAUACGGAUGGAUCCAUUCACCAUACUGGACUGAGGAGCGAAACAAGGAGGUUCCGAGUGUCGAGGUGAUAAGUGGAGUAUUGGACUAUAUUAGGGGUCUUGGCCUCUCUGAUGACGAUCUUUACAAGUUGCUCAAGAAAUUCCCAGAGGUUCUUGGUUGUGAUCUUGAGAGCGAGGUGAAGCUGAAUGUUGGCAAGCUGGACAGUGACUGGAAAAUCAAUGGGAAAACUCUCCGGAGUGUUCUCUUACGGAAUCCAAAAGUUUUGGGCUACAAUGUGGAUUGCAGAGGGGACUGUGCGGCACAGUGCACCCGCUGUUGGGUUAGAUUUUAGCGUUCUGUUCUAUAUUAUAAACCGCGCGCAUACCUUCACAAGUUCAGAUGAUAUGUUAUCAAAAAUCUGUCUGCUUUUGCAUUGGUUGUUCAACGCAAGCAGAUAUGUAUAGAAGGAUGGGCAUUUCAGUUUUUUAGUACAUCUUCAAAAACAUCUAACCCAUACUGUAUAUACAAGGAUUUGCAAUAAAUAUAUCCAUUUCCUGUGAA